CGGCGGGAGCCGGGGGGGCGGCCGGUGCAGCGGGGCUUGGGGGGCUCGGCGGGGGAGAGGCGCGGCGUGUGAAGGCCCGCUGCUCCCCCGCUGCGCCGCUCGUAGCGGGCGGCUCUGCCUUUGUGCUCCCUCCGCACCUGAGUGCGGGGCUGGGAAGGAGGGAGGGCGCAGGUGGGGGCGGGCGCGGCAGGCAGCGGCGGCGGCGGAUCCCCGGAGCCAGGGAGGGGAGCCGCUUCCCAUCUCGUCCCGCUGCGCAGAGGAGAGAUGCAACAGCAGCAGCCCGGCCCCCCCAGGGAAGGACGGGACUCGGAGACUCUUCCCUUAAUGGUACGGAACCAAAUUGACCUGUGAUUUUGAGCAACAUUUUUAAGAGCUAGUAUGGUUAUAAUUUGCAUGUUAGAAGUCAGAUUCGAGUUUCUGCGUUGUAAGACUCCUGAUUUGUGGCCAGCUAGAAUUACAAUCAUGUUUCAUUAAAAGUGCUGAUGAGCACCCAGGACUCUGAAGACAGCAGUUUUGUGCAAGAUAAGAAUGUUCCUUAAGGAAGCUGAUGGCGGAUAGAGCUCCAGAGUUCCUGGCAGACACUGACAGCGUAAGAUGGCACCGUAGUCUAGUCUGAAAUUUCUUUGGACCUUAAUACAAGAACAUCACUCGAAAAAGUUUAAAGACUUACCAAGAAUCGUGAGCACAUCUUGUCAGGACAUUGGAGCAUACUUAAUAUGGUACGACCCAGGAAUGCUAGCAGAAGUAGACAGCUGUAUUUCAAAGGUGGAUCGCAGAGUUUGUUUUUCAAGACAGUUUCUGGCAGUCCCUAGGGAGACUGGAAUCCUAAAUCCAAGAUGAAGCAAGCCACCCUUUGGAAGUCUAAUGUCUGUUGUCACAGUAUCUCAAACCUCUACUGCUUUUGGAAAUCAUGCUUUUUAGAUCUCUGCCUUACCAGUUUGCAGAUUGAGGUUUCAUGCUUUCCUUAUGCCUGCUGGUGACAUCUCUGUCGCCAUGGGGAAAAUGCAAGAAACCUCAAUGAGAAAAUUAUUUCAAUAAAGAUAGCAUUAUGAAGAGGGUGGGAGGGGAAUACCAUCCCCAAGAAUUAGAGGUUUUAAUGAUGGAAUGUUUUCUUCAUUGUAUCACAGUUCCCUCUUAGAAAAGAAGUCUUGUGAACCUGAGACUUGCUUUGUCUUUGUGCAUCUUAUCUCUUUCCUCCUACUCACGAUCUCUGAUCUUGGUUAAUCUGGAUCUGCUCUGCAUGUUCAGAGGGAAAAGUUCUUAAAGGAAAGAGGAGUGACUGCAAGGAUUGAGAAGUUAUCAAAGCUGAUGGAGAGCAGGUGUUGAGUCCUGCUCAACUGUCGAAAAGCAGUGAGGAGCAGUCUCCCAACCAUGCUGCCUGAGAAGAUUUGUCAAAGCAGAGGUCUUUCCAAUCCAGCUGUUAUGGAGUCAAUGGAUGAAGCUGAAGGACAACAAGGACAGGUGAACAGGAAAGAGCAGUCCCUGAAAACCUUCCAGAAAACAGCACUGCUUGGUUGGGCUGCCCAGUGGAAUGGAUUAAUGCCUGGAGACAGCAUGUAUCUGUUUGUCCUCUCACAGAUUCUGCUUCUCUGCAUGAUGCUGUGGUACAGCACUUACGGGACCAUCCCAGCAGCUCAGAAUGCCUUUGACCUGCUGUCUUACUUGCUUACCCCAUUUAAACAGUUUUUGUCAGAUCAAGGGGAGGACCUGACUAGAAUCGGGAGCAUUGUGGUAUCAUACAUCCUGCUGUCUUUAGCUUCUCUAGGACUGUUAUUUGUAGGAUCUCUGUUUUGGCAUCUACUCAGAGCCCGUCCAGAGCCCCCCUUUCCACUACAAGAGGACAGACGCCAAUCUGUGAGCCGGCAGCCUUCAUUCACGUACUCAGAGUGGACAGAGGAUAAAAAUGAGGAUGACUUCCUAGAUUUGGAUCCCGUACCUGAGACUCCAGUCUUUGACUGCGUAAUGGACAUUAAAGCGGAGACAGAUCCAGCUACUCUAACGGUUAAAUCCGUGGGCUUGCAAGAAAGGAGAGGUUCAAAUGUUUCACUCACACUGGAUAUGUGUACCCCAGGCUGUUCUGAGCAAGGGUUUGGCUAUGUCAUGUCACCACGGGAACAGUCAGCCCGAGAAUACCUCCAGACAGCAUCAAACAUCCUUACUGAAGAGGAACUGCACAAGAAAGCACUGGAUCCUUUCAUACUCCAGGCAGAGUUCUUUGAAAUUCCAAUGAACUUUGUGGAUCCAAAGGAAUACGAUAUUCCAGGCUUAGUGCGUAAGAAUCGCUACAAAACAAUUCUCCCAAAUCCUCACAGCAGAGUGUGCCUUACCUCAGCUGAUCAGGACGACCCCCUUAGCUCUUACAUCAAUGCUAACUACAUCAGGGGCUAUGGAGGAGAGGAAAAGGUAUAUAUUGCUACUCAGGGACCGAUAGUUAAUACUGUCAGUGAUUUCUGGAGAAUGGUGUGGCAGGAGCGUUCUCCCAUCAUUGUCAUGAUUACCAAUAUAGAAGAGAUGAAUGAGAAAUGCACAGAAUAUUGGCCAGAGGAACAGGUCACCUAUGAAGGAAUAGAAAUCACGGUUAACCAAGUCAUACAAGCAGAUGAUUACCGUUUAAGGCUCAUCACCCUAAAGAAAGGAGAAGAAGUCAGAAACCUGAAACAUUACUGGUACACGUCUUGGCCAGACCAGAAGACACCAGAUCAAGCCCCGCCUCUGUUACAGCUAGUACUGGAAGUGGAAGAGGCAAUGCAGAGUGCAGAAGAGAAGAAUGCUCCAGUGAUUGUUCACUGCAGUGCAGGCAUCGGGAGGACUGGCUGCUUUAUUGCAACUAGUGUCUGUUGUAAACAGCUGAAGAGCGAGGGCAUAGUUGACAUAUUGCGAACAGCCUGCCAGUUGCGGUUAGACAGGGGAGGAAUGAUCCAGACUUGUGAACAAUAUCAAUUUGUCCAUCAUGUCAUGAGCUUGUACGGAAAACAGCUUUCUAGAGCAGCAGAAGAAUAAGUGUUCAUGAUAUUCCUAAAGGCUAAAACCAAGAGAACUUUUGACUGCGUUCAUAUAUAUUUCAGAUCUGAUAAGAGACACAUGGUAACCUGGUUGUCUUAGCUGGAAAGAAAGAUAUAUUAUUUUACUUUGCUAUUGCUUUUAUGCUCUUGUUUGCAUUGACAUUUAAGAGCUGAGGUAGGCCUUGUCUUAAACAUAUGUGGCAGGACAUAAUCUUCACCAAAAAAGGCUUAUUUAUACUGUAAAUAAGAAUAGUAGCUUCAUUUGUUACAAAAGCAAGAAAAAAAUCAGAAAAAAAUCCGUCUUCAGUUUGCUAUUUUUAAAAAAUCAUUGCUAAUAUAUCCAAAUACAGUGUGAAACUUUUUGAAUUGUCAUGCUGAAAUGUGCUGUAUGUUGACUAAGCUUGAAAGUAACUUUUUGCCUCUUUCUGAUUGUUUUUACGUAUAAAAUUACCGAAUACUGUGUAUAUCGUAAACCACCUGAGCCUCUGCGUUGAAAGAUUCAAGUAGAUUCACAUUGAAAUGAUGUUUUGCACAUCAUGUUUGCUUGUUAUUUUUUCUAAAGCAGUCCACCACCAGUGUUAUCAGAACUAAGGGGAAAAAAUAUUGCAAUGAUUUGAGUCAAAUUCUUACCUCCAGUUCUUACCAGCAAGGUACUCCAGUAUUAUGACAGCUAGGUGAAUCUGAGGUGAAUAGUAGAAGUUAAUCUAAACAUAAAUUCUACACGCUUUACCUUUUCUGUGUCAAUAUUUUGGCAUCUCAGUCUGCAACCAGAUUUUAUUUUGGCAAAGUUUCUCUUUUUACCUAAUCAAACUGCACUCUGAAUACAAUUUCCCCUGAAAUUUGAGGUUUGAAAUCAGGUGAGGAAUUUUGUGAGUUGAAUUCAUCUUUAUUAAAAAUGUAGUAGUAAAACCACUUGUAUUCUAUGAAUGUAAACUCGUUUCAAAGCUUUGAGGAUGACCAGGUGCCCAGUGCUCAUUAAAAUUAAAGCAAAUCCUAUAGGCAGCUUUUUAAAAAAAUCAGUAUGAAUGUGUUGGCUGCUUUUUGACAAAUCUGCCCUCAAACCAAAUUUAUACAAUCAUUACUCUAUUCUAAUCAGUAGUCUGGGCAGCAGUGUUUCCUUUUCAGUAAUACAGACUGCUGCCCAUGCUUUUCUUUUUAAACCUCAGUCAGGCUGUGAAGACUGUCGUUGAUGUUUAAUGCUUAGAGGUAAGCACACGUUUAAGUGCUUUACUGAGCAGAGAAAAAUGGAGGUACACAGGACCGUUAACAUGAAAGACGAGCGUUUUGUGAAUAGAAGCUGUAAUACUAAAAAUAUUUUUGCUUCUCUUUAUUUGUAACAAUAACCAAAACCCACCACUUCUAUUAGUGCGUGCGAUUCUGAGAAUUCACUACACUUCCUAAUCAGGAGAAGGUAAAGCAGCUCUCAGAACAAUAAGGGCUGAUCCUGCUCCCACUGAGGUUUUGCCAUUGACGUCAGUAGGUGCGGUGCAGGGUGUAGGGCCUGAAAUGUUAUGCUUACAACUUCAUCACUGUGGGGAAAGUUUCCCAGUAUUUCAGUAAACAUCUUUUGUGUUUAUUCUGUAUCCAUGAACCUGUAAAAAUCCUGUCAGCAGGGUUUGCAUGAAUGUGUGGCAAAAUGUGUUAUCUUUAAACCACUUGAUUUUAUUGCUGUAUUUAAAAAAUUUCCUUCAGUGAGAAGCUAGCAGGAAGAACUGGCAUUCUUUUUAAAAAUACUGGUGGUAGUCAUUAAAUAGAGCAAUAAACUUAAGCUUUUGAGCAUAACAUGACUGUUAGUUUUAUGUAAACCUUGCUAGCUAUGUUCUCCCCAUUGCUACCAAUUGUUUCGAAGGGGUAACACUAUUCCAUCUAAGCACUCCUUAGAAAUAACAAAAGCACCACUGAUGUUCUGAAUAACAUUGUAAGUGGAACUCCCUAUAAAUGAUGUUUUCAACUGUUCCGUGCCCUUCAGUGUCAAAACUGACUUAGUGAAUAAAAUUACUU